AUGAAGAAUCAACUCAUUGCCUGUGUCGAUGAUGUUGAUGAUCCGAUCCUCAAAACUCAUAAGUAUACCAACCACAACAGUGUCUACUUUCAUGUUAGUAUCAUGAUUCAUGAGAGUUUUAAAAUGGACUACUUCAAAGUCCAAUGUACGUUGGGACUGGCGGCCGAGAGAAACAGAGAGCAUUAUUGCUGGUUUGGAACAAGAAAGGUCGAGACUAUCUCUAAGAAAACCAAAAGCUAGCUAUGAUGAAGAAAGAUGACAUCUCUUCUCUCAAACAGAUUUGGUUGCUCAAAUAGUCUCGUUUUCCGGUAGCUGAUAGUCUAGUACAGCUUGUGGUCCGGCUCUUUCAUUACUUUUUAUUCAAUCUUUCAUUAUAUGCUGUAAGGAAAUCCAAAUUUUUCACUGUAAAGUCUAAG